UAACUUCAGCGGCGAGAGUGGGGUGUCUUCUAGUCGAAAAUGGCGGCUUGAUCUAGGGUACAGAUACCGAAACUUUAGUCGAAUAACCUCGUCAUUUCCAACUUUGCCCCCUUUAAAACUUACCUUUAACUACUGGAAAGCUAACUGUUCGUCGUAAAAAAAUUGGUUUUGUUGCUAAACUGUGCUAUUCAACAUGAUCGGUGGCUUGUUCAUCUACAAUCAUAAAGGAGAGGUGUUAAUUUCGAGGGUGUAUCGGGACGAUAUUGGGUAAGUUGUAGCAACGUUUGAUGUACGAUUUCGCUCAAUCAGAUCUUUAUCCAUUUGCUGCGUGAGCACAAUUGAUAUGAAGGCAUGUUACGACAUUUUGAAUAGUGUAAGAGGUUUUGCUAGUAAUCGAAUCAUUAGAUACCUUAAUUAAGUAAGCUUGUGACAUGCUGAGAGUGAAACUUUGAUUUAUGUGAUUCCUAUCGUAAGUUUAAGGGCUCUGUCAACUCUUUACAACAGCAUGCAUAUUCUUCACACUGUUCCCUAUACAUUCCCUAAGGUGCUGACAAGUAGAAUCUUUUAACAAUCACAAACUUCUUUAAUGUAUGAUUAAGGGAUGAUAUUGUAAGGAGAAAUUAGAUUCUAGUCACAUGAAGGGUUAAAGGGCUUUAGAGUGGUUAAGCUCUCACUGAAAAAGAGAGGACAGUCUCCAAGAAGCCACAAAAUUCUUUGAUGAGUUUCUGUGUAAGCAGUACAAGUUCUGGGCUUUGCAUGUAAAUAACCAGCUGGUUUGCCUUUUAUCAGUUAGGUUUUUGACACUGACAUGUUUCCAGUGUUCUACUUUGUAUGCACACAAGGAGCAUUUUGAUGCUCAGACCCAUGAUAUGGACUUGUUACUUAAUGUAUCAUGAUCUUAAAGACAUCCUGUAUGCAUGUACAGUUAAGAUGUUUGCUAGCUGAAUGAUUAAGUUCCCUCUUAUUCAUUCUAAAUAACUUGCAUUAAUUUUCAUUGUUUAGUCGAAAUGCUGUGGAUGCUUUUCGUGUGAAUGUUAUUCAUGCCAGAGGCCAGGUGCGUUCACCAGUUACUAACAUCGCCAGGACAAGUUUCUUCCACAUACGGCAAGGAAAUGUUUGGCUGGCUGCUGUGACAAGGCAGAAUGUAAAUGCUGCUAUGGUGUUUGAGUUUCUGAAUCGUACUGUGGAGAUUAUGAUUUCCUACUUUGGAAAAGUCACUGAGGAGGGAAUUAAAAACAACUUUGUCCUCAUUUAUGAGCUUCUUGAUGGUUAGUUCAUUUAGCUAAAUCAUUUGCUCGUAGAAUGGGCUUUUGUUGCACAGCCUUCCUGAAAAAUGGAAGUGUAACCUUUUGUUUAAAAAACAAACAAAAGCAAACCUAAUAAGGUUGGGGGGGGAGGGAGAUGGGGUCCAAGCUUGAACUUAUUGCAAGUUGUCAUUUAAUUGCUAAAAUCAUAGGAUGGUCACCAGAGAUCAACUUUAUUAGCCAGAAAAAUAAACAGCAAACAAUGUUUUAUAUAAGAUUAUACAUCUUUUUUCUUAAUGACCUACAGGAGUUGUCUUCACUUGACACAGUUUGUAUAUGACUACUGAAUAUUGGUCACCAAAUCAGUGACUUUCUCUGCAGACUCAUUCACCAUCAUUUUUCCUUUCUUUUCAUGGCAACCAAAAUAGUUUCACCUUUCAGCUCCGGAAGAUGUUGAGUAACACCCCAGUUCUUCUUUCUUUUUCUUUGAAAAUAGAAAUAGCUGAUUAUGGAUAUCCUCAGAAGACUGAUACAGCUAUUUUGAAAACAUUCAUCACUCAACAAGGAAUCAAGACACAGGUCAGUUAUCUUUUGUCAAAAGUUCUGACUAAAUUUUUACUUUCAGGAAUAUUAUAAAAUUGGAGUACCUGGUGAGAAAAAGGCUCCCUUUAAUUUAAGUGUGCAUGCUAAUAGAAUGACCUUGCAACAACUUACAUGUGCACCCUCUUGUGCAUCAUUGUUGAUAUAGUGGAUAUGUUUUGUUUGAUGUUGCUGCUGGUAAAGAUUCUCAAUUGGUUGAAAGUUACUUCUGUUUUGAGUUUUGGAUAACAAGUUUCAUGUUGUCAGCUGAAACAAAAGGACCAAUAUUCUGUUUUGGUAGUCCUUACCUGGAGACAUCAAUUCUGUUUUUGUCCUUUCUUUCUCUCUGUUCCAAAAUUUUUCUUUUGGCAUCAAAAUACUUAUGGAGUAGAGAGGACUCCUUCAGGCAUUAAUAGUUGAAACUUCAGGGGGAGGUUUUCAGGUACAGGACACAAGAUAAGCCUGGAAGAUAAACACUAGGUUUUGAAAAUUUUGUUUGUUUGUUCUCUGGUGCAGACACGGGAAGAGCAAGCCCAGAUCACAAGCCAGGUUACAGGACAGAUUGGUUGGAGAAGGGAAGGAAUCAAGUACAGAAGAAAUGAAUUGUUUCUUGAUGUGUUGGAAUCUGUUAAUCUGCUCAUGUCACCACAAGGUUUGUUUAAAAAGGUUAAUUUCUGUCAUGAUCUCCAGAGUUCUUAAUAUCUUUGCAAGUGGAAUGUAAACCAUUGGGAUGGCAUUUUAUGAUGACAACUUUUUUUCAAGGACCAUAUGUUGGUAUGAAUGUCCUUACUACGGUUGCUGAAAUAUGUCAUCCAUCUUGACAGCAGAUCUUUUAAGGGAAUUGUUAAUGAUCAUUUUAAAUAAUUACUUGUGGUUAAGGUGACUGUGAACACUAAAAUCUAACCUGCUCUCCAAGUAGGAUUAUGUUGCAGAAACUAAAAAAUUGUGUUUGUUUUUUUCCUUUUUGAAGGUCAAGUUCUAAGUGCUCAUGUCUCUGGACGAGUUGUCAUGAAGAGUUUCUUGUCAGGAAUGCCAGAAUGUAAAUUUGGAAUGAAUGACAAACUAGUGGUGGAGAAACAGAAGAGUGGAGCUUCUGAGCCAUCGCUUGAUCCACAAAAGAAGUUAGUGCAACAGAUUAACCCUUUAACUCCCAUGAUCUGAUUGUUAACUCUCCCCUCUAACUCUAGCUGCUACACAUUUCCUUGUAAAGUAGCCAGGAGAAUUUGAUGUUAGAUCAAAAUAACAACUUUUACCUAAUAAGUUUGAGUAUUCUCGUUAUGUUUUUGCUGGAUAAUGUAGGGAUAUUUUGGGGAGAAGUAACAUGUUAAUCACUUUUGGGAUUUACAGGGUUAAUUAUGAAGAUCUCUUUGAAGUUCUAGUACUUUCUUCUCUCAACAGAAUAUCUCUAUUCUUUUGUUUGUUAUCGUUUAUAAUUAUUUGAUACUGGUAAUGACCUGUUUUUAAAUGUGGAAUCCAAACUCAAAAUGUUUCCCUGAUGAAGGGCUGAUGCUUGGAACGUCUGCUUUAUAAACUAUUUAGGGUGGCCAAUUUAUAUAAUCAACUGAGUUGAUAAAACCAAAUUAUGAAAUUUGGUGGUUUACAUAUCAGUGUGCUUGUUAUACAAAGCUUCAAUAAUUAAAAAUUUUACCUGUAAUAUGCCCAAAAAUGUUUGGGCUAACAAUGGCAAAAUGUUAAGCCUGGUUUGUUUUCUCCAGUUCUCUAAGAUCCGUUUUCCUUUUAGAAACACCACAAGCAAGUCAGGAAUUGCAAUUGAUGACUGCACAUUCCACCAGGUUGAUUCUUGAAUAUGUUUUGAAAAUAUCCCACAAAUUUCUGUAUGAAAUUUCUUGAUUCCCCAUAAUUUUUGUAUUUUAUCUAUUUUGUAUUUUUUUAUUGCAGUGUGUAAAGCUCAGUAAGUUUGAAACAGAAAGGGCAAUUAGUUUUAUACCACCUGAUGGAGAAUUUGAGCUCAUGAGGUAAGACAGUGUUUUUUCAAUAUCUUCUACUUCUAAUUUUGGUAUGAUACAUCCUUUGUGUGACAAUUACAUGUAUUUUGAUUCUUACCACUGAAGUAGCUAAAGUAUGUUUAGUAUGCUCUUGUGUUAACUGUGUUGCGCUGCUAGAGGUAUCCUAGUUUCUGAAGUAAGUCAUAGCACCGCUGUGCCACCUGAAUGGGAUGCUACAACCUUGGAAAGUUUAAUUGGAAAAAAAAAAUUGGACCAACAAUAAAUCAUGACCCCAAAUCCCAUAUUUAAGAAUAAUUUGAUCAAGAAACCUUUUUUGAAGCCUAAGGUCUAUCAAGAAAAGAGCAUCUUGCCCUAAAGAAAACUUGCACUCACUCACUAACUCCCUCCUCCCUUCCUCACUCACUCACUCACUCACCCACCCACCCACAAAGCUGCCAAUGGUGCAGUAGAGGACUGUAUGUGGAAAAGGGGUUGUAAGGAGGAAACCUAACACAAGCCUGCUUGCAGGCAAACCUGUUGACAGUAAGAGGUCUUAGAAGCUGUGGUGAACCACCAGUAUUUUCCACACAGCUGAAGUUAAGGGUUUUGAAAAACAUCACACAAUGAACACAGUGUUCUUGGUAUAUGACCUCUUUUUCUGAAUUGAAAGGUAUAAAAUUUAAAUGUGCCAGUUAUUAUUGUGAGUCUAUAAUUGAAGAUAAAUAAGUGAUUAUUUUUGGCUUAUUCCACCAUUAGGUAUCGCACCACUAAAGACAUCAGCUUGCCAUUCAGAGUCAUUCCCUUGGUGAGGGAAGUUGGAAGGUCCAGGAUGGAAGUGAAAGUAGUAAUCAAGUCUAAUUUUAAACAGUCAAUAUUGGGGCAGAAAAUAGAGGUAAUUGUUACUUUUUUUUCUAGUUGUGGUGUGAAUAAUGUUUUCAUUCCAGUUUUCUGUUGUCUUGUUCAUCACUCCACUCAGCUAAGUAGGGAUCAAAAGGAAAAGUCAGACAACUUAUUUGGGCUCCAAGCACAUCUUUUUCUCAAAAGUACCAUUUGGUAACCUGAAAUCAUAAACUGGUCACAAAAAUUAUAGGGUUAAUUUUCUUUUAAAAAAAAAAAAAAAAAAGCUUGCUUAAUUGUGUUUAAAACAAGAAACUGUAGAGUUAACCCUUGAACUCCUGUGAGUGACAAGAGAGAAUUUCUCUCUUAAACAUCAACACAAUAUUGUGCAGACAAGUGUUGAGAAUAAAGAAAAAUUAAACAUUACAGGAUUAUUGGUUGAUCCAAAUUCUCAGAAGUAACAUCAUGAGAAGUGUAUGGCAGACAGUAGGGAGAAUUACUAGUGAGAUCUUUCACUGAACUGAAGACCUCAUCUUCUAAUUUAGUAGCCAAAAUUGUCUACCACUUGCCAUGGUGACCAUAAAAGUGGCAUCUUGAAGCACUGCUCAGAAUGACACAAAAUGCUUUCAAGUGAACUGUAUGGCUCAAAAACCCUUACUAUCUCUUAACCCUUUAACUCCCAGAUCAAAUUUGUAAUUCUUCUUACUGUUAACUAUACAAUUCUUAGAAUGUUAGUUCAGAGAAUUUAGCAUUGGAUCAUUUAAUUAUUCCAAAUUGAUAUUUUUCUUUAUUCUCAUUAGUUAUUUGCUUGAUAUUGUAUUGAUAUUGUAAGGAGAAAUUCUGUCUUGGUCACUCAUGGGAGUUAAAGGGUUAAAAAAAGCUGCAAAUUGCUACUCACAGUGCCCCUAUUUGCAGCUACCAUAUUGAAUGAGGUUAACUAAUUUCAUUUUAUUGGCUUUCUUUAUGUAUUUAAUACUUUAAGGGGUCGUUUUUCAACAGGUGAAAAUACCCACCCCACCAACUACAGCAGGAGUUCAAGUUGUUUGUAUGAAGGGGAAAGCCAAGUACAAGGCCAGUGAAAACGCAAUUUUGUGGAAGUAAGUUGCAGGUGUUAUUCAUGGAAUGUUACUGUCAUUGAUUUAUAGACUUUAGACCAGUUUAUAUCUCAGUCUCAGCAUUAAGCAGCUGCAGGAAUCAGCAUAAAUUACUUAUGAAAGCUCUUGCAUAGACUCGUUCAAAAGGUAAAAUACUACCCCCCUUCCCCCCCCCCCCACUUCCCCACUUAAGAAUUUGAACAAUAUAAUGUAAGCCUAAUGCCUUUACCAGGAAUUAGACAGUGCUUUCUUCUAUGUAUCCAUAUGUAAAGAUUCUUACGGGGUUCCCUAGCUGACCACUGCAAAAGAAGAUUUGAUGUUGCACUCAUCUUUGCUCGUUAUAAUGUUUGCACUCUUUGAUGUCUUUUCGUCGCAGGAUAAAACGAAUGGGUGGUAUGAAGGAAUCUCAGAUUAGUGCUGAAAUUGACCUUAUGGCCACCAAGGAGAACAAGAAAUGGGCCAGACCCCCAAUAUCUCUCAACUUUGAGGUACUGUGAACAGCACCUGUGAGGUGUCAAACCCAUUACAAUAGUUUACCUUUAAUGAUACUUGUGUUACCUUAUCUUUUUACCCGGGUGCUUACCAUGGUAAUGUUACUUUCAACUAGUAGUCCAUGGCUAAAAUUUUUGGCUUGCGGAAACCUGCUUGAUUUAGCUCCUUUAGGGCGUAUUUUGAUAAAGUGUUGUGAAAGCAAAACCAGUUAAACCCAUCAACUAAUGAGGGCAAAGGAGAAUAUCACUAGGAGGUAAUAAGAAAUUAUAGUUAAAAAAAAGCGAACUGCCUGAAGCGCGAGAAAACGCGAGUGAUCUAGUUGCCAGUGGUUGUUACUUUGCAUCUGAAAGCGGGAGAAAUUUUUAGAGGAUGGCUCGGUAAAAGCGACCGAGAAGUAUUUGGGAGGCGUGGGUCGGAAUCGUGUCGAACUGUGAAUCUUUCCAAGCUUCUUUCUGCAAUUGCUAAGAUUGCCGCUGACUGCGAGGAUCACUGCUUCUAUUGCGAUUCUGUCCUGUUCAACUAUAGAUUACGCCAAAAUUUUGAAAGGCCAAAAAGGGAAAUUCACAAGAAAUCGUGAAAAAUCCCUGGUAAAGACCAGUCGCCAAACGCAUAUCAUUCAUCCAACGUAGAGCGACUGGCGUAGUUUCCUUCUUUGGGAUGUCACGCAACACUCCCUCAAACUGUGUCAAAAUAUCAGCUUUGAGGAGCACUGCGUGGUCUAACUAAAGAAAAGCUGCAAAGUCGACCACAGAUUAUUUUAAAGUACCUUUUUUAUUUAUAACUUUUUAAUUGUUUGAUUAUAAUUUACUUUAGGUUCCAUUUGCUUGUUCUGGAUUAAAGGUUCGUUAUCUGAAGGUGUUUGAACCCAAACUGAACUACAGUGACCAUGACACUAUCAAGUGGGUUCGAUACAUCUCAAGAUCAGGGCUGUACGAGACUAGAUGCUGAACCUAAACACGUAGAUCUAAAUAUAUUAGAUAUUAUUCCAUUCACUGGCGAUCGUUUCUGUCUGUUUCAAUAAACCGCUAGCCUUAAUUAACCCCUUCACUCCUAAGAUAUCAGUAAGUAAUUCUCCUCACUGUCUGGCGUCUAAUACUUUUGAUAUUAGCCCCGAGAAUUUGGUGCUGGAUCAACGGAUGAUCCUUUACUAUUUGUUCUCUUUAUUCUCAUCACUUGUCUGCUUGAUUUUACAUUGAUAUUGUAAGGAGAAAUUCUGUCUUGGUCUCUAAUGGGAGUUAAAUAAUUCAAACUUUUUGCUUAAAA